CAAUUGUCAUCUCCUGCAUGGGGCACUGCCCCUGUGUCCAAAGUCAAGUCGGAGAUGAACCAGCACUAUCUUCAUGGAUUCACGACUUUUGGUGCGCCGAGUACACCUACACCAUCCAUGUUCACUCACUGAAUCCACUGCUCUGUAGAUAUGGCCGACCACUAUGGCUCUGCAGAGAUACUCUUUGGCCAAUUUCGUCGAGCCGUAUUGUCAGCGGAUAACAAUAUCUUCGACCAGGAUGAAAUAACCUUUCGGUCAAGCAGACGACCUUCAUUGCCAUUGCAUCCUUCCCCACCGCUCUGCGCUACAAAAUGGUGCAUAUUCACGGAAUCUCACAUCCCAUUUAGCCGUUCCCGAGUAGAGGACGCUGUGCGUGAACGUAUGCGCAGAACCAAGGGGGACACGAUUGACAUGCUUCAAGUACACUGGCAACAUUAUGAUGACCUCGACUAUCUCAACGUGUUCCGAUACCUGGUUGAUAUUAAACGUGAUGGCGAGCUCAAAGUCAGGGCUUUAGGCCUCGUCAACUUUGACUCUCGACAUGUCAACGAAAUCUGCGAAGCUAUCGGCCCCGGUGAACUUCUUACGAAUCAAGUGCAGUUCUCUCUGAUCGAUGUCCGGCCGCUUUAUGGCAUGGCCGCUGUAUGUAAGAAACACGGCGUUAAGCUCCUGACAUAUGGCACGUUGUGCGGUGGAUUCCUUUCUGAUUCCUGGUUAGGGAAGCCUCAACCAGACCCAUAUAAGGAUAAAAUAACGCCUUCUCAGCGGAAGUAUCUCGACGUCAUCACCGACGGAUGGGGAACUUGGGAUCUCUUUCAAGCUUUGCUCGCAACCCUUCGAACGAUUGCAGAUCGCCAUGGGGGCCUGAGUAUCGCGAACGUAGCUACUCGUUGGGUGCUGGAUCAUCCUUUUGUAGGGGCUGUCAUUGUUGGUGCCCGACUCGGAGUAGCCCAGCAUCGUGAAGACAAUGCCCGGACCAUCACGACUGGUUUCCAUCUGACGGCUGAAGACAAUCAUAUCAUCUCGACCGUCUUAGCACAGUCCAACGGCCCGAGGCUCAUCCACACGAUGGGAGAUUGCGGUGCAGAGUACCGUUAAAGCCGAAUACGGUCACUUGAACUCUGGAAGAUCAAAUCGCAUCGAUGGUCCUCCUCUUACGCAAUGCUUUUCGAAGGAAUGUCUAGACAACCCCCGGAAAAAAGAGAGGACACAUAGAAGGUCGAAUUCUUCUGGGAUGGGCCAUCGAUGCUCCCCCAGCAGGCACUCCAAGGAUUCCACUUACCUCUUUUAGUUCUUGCAUGUUGCCCUUGGAUCCACUAUUCUCCAAAAAGUUUCCUCCACACUAUCUCCGGUUAAAUCGGCUUAAUCUCUAUAAGCAUCUCUCUAUUUCAUUGUUCAUGCACCAAGUCCACGCACACACAUCCGCAUCGCAAGCAUCAUGGUCAUUUUCUCUUUCG